UGCAUGCCAAGUUUUCAGACUUGUUCACAUGAAAGAGCUCAUCCUAUUUACCAUGUAAAAACUCCUUUCUACAAUGUAUUUCUGUGUAAUUAGUCUAUAUUGGGCUUUCCUCUUUUUUCCUUAGAGACAGGGUGGCAGCAGCAACCAGUCAGAUUACAGAAGAUAUCUUGGCACCCUCUCUGCAGCCCAGCAUCACUGCAGUCACUCAGUUCCCAGUUUGCCUGCCUCACAUGGCACUGGCCAUGAUGCAGUGCUCCUUUGAGGAAAAAGGGUAUAGGGUUUCCCUUGAAAGAAAAAGUAAUUUUUGAAACAUCUAGGAAUUCGAGUAUUUUGAACUUUUUUCAUCACUUCAGGUCCAUGUCUGCUUGGACAGGAAAGAAACUGGACAAGGAAAAGAAAAGAAAAGGUAGCUGUGCCAAUUCUCCUGAAGCAGACCCUGUCUUUACCAAAGCAAAGUCUGUGAGAUCUGACAGAUCCAGCUUCUUCAGAAGGUCAGGGGAUCAAUACUCCAGCACCAGAUCAGAGACCUCCUACACCAGGAGGAAGGCUAGGCAGUCUUCAGAGCUUACAAGGGUUAGUUCUGUUUCUGCUUCCCUCUGCCAAGAGGAAAAAAGGUCAGACGAAUGGAAGUACAGGCAUGGCUCUAGACAUCAUGCUUCUGAGCAACAGAUAAUGGGGUCGGAGGAGGGCUCAGAUUCUCAGGCAGGACAUCCAUCCCCUUUCCAGCAACCCCUCAGCUGCAACUCAAUUCAUGGCUCAUUGGCAAGGCAGCAUUCUCCUCUCCAGCACUGGUUCAGCCAGACCCCAGACUACAGCUCAGAUUCAGAAGACACUCAGAACUCCUACCACAGGAAGGUAAGACCUUCUACUACUACUCACUUCUCUGAAUCUGAAAAGAAUUCACUAAUGAAAUCUGUAAUUUUGCCUGAGCUAGCUACUGUCUUAAAGGAUGCUUUGACAGCAGCCAGACAAAGUAUAACUUCUGUGGCACAGGCAAGGUCCCAUUCAGUAAAGCAUCCCAGGGUACCAGUUACAGAAGUUCCAGUGGUUCCUCUAGAAGCAACUGGGAGCAGUUCCCAAACUUUUGAGUCUGACCAUAUGGACAGUUUAAAAGACCAAACAGCUCCUGGGAAAGAGAAAUCUGAGGCUGACAAGGCCUUGGAGGUUGAGUCAUCCCCUGACGAUGGGGAGGUGUCAUCUGAGUCCCCUGCAGAAGACCAAGAAGGACCAGAUCCUCUGCGUAAGUUUGACAAGGAGAAUCAGAAUUAUCUGUUCAAGCACAUAAAGAGAGUGUUAAUGUUAAAAUCUUCCAAAUCUGAAUGUGCUUCAGAAGAACUGCCUGUCCGCUCUGAACAAGGCAAGGUAGAUAAUGCACUUCCUAUCCAUUCAGCACUGGAAGAUCUUGUUUGUAGGAUUUGGGGUAAUCCUGAGGCAAAGCAUGAAGCCCCGGCAAUCCUGCGUAAGCUCUAUCCUCUUCCAGUGGAUAAAGCUGCUUUGUGGGGGACCUUGCCUCAGGUAGACAGGGCAUUGAUUACUGGUGAUUCUGUACUGUCAGUGCCUGCUAAUAUGGAUGCUGUCCCUAAAGAUCCUACUGAUAGAAAGGUUGAGGAAGCAAUUAAAAGAUCUUUCAAGCUAGUUGCAGCCCAGCUUGGAGUAUCUAUCUACUGCGCUUAUGCUUCUAGAGCGUUACUAAUAUGGCUGGAGGAAGAACGAGCCAGAGUGAAAAAGAAAUGGGUCCCAUCUGGUACCAUGCAGAGGAAACGCAGGCUAUGUAAAAUUGCAGCUAAUUUUAUCCAUGAUGCAGCUGAGGAUUCUCUGAGACUCACCAUUAAAAAUAUGGCUUGCCUUUCUGUAGCCUGGAGAGCUAUAUGGCUGCGUCCUUGGACCUCAUCGCUAGAUCUAAAACAUAAACUGCUGUCUUUACCAUACACAGGCGGCAAGCUAUUUGGUGAAUCCUUGGUCCAGAUCAUGAAGGAUUUUUCAGAACACAAACACUCCUUACGUCAGCUGAAAAAAAAGAAUUCUAUUGGAAACACUUCAUGUUCUUAUCCUCACAAGUGUCUGACCUCCUUUCGUUCUCCUCCAAAGUUUAAAGGAGGGAAGGGAAAGUAUAAGGUCUCACAAUCAUUUCAUGCCAAGUAUGAAAGGACAUCUCACUUUCAGAGAGACACCAGACCAUCAAGAGGAACUUUCUAAGAACAUAGACUUGCUUCCUCCUUUCUCAGGAACUAGGAAGAGUGAAAGACUUGGAAAUUUAUACUGAAUAGACUUCAGUAUUUCUGGACAAGUAAGCCGAAUGCUUGGAAAAUUAGUUGUUUCAAAAUAAGAUUUAAAUUAUUAAAUUACUUAAAUCUGAAUGACUAAUUAAGAUCUUCUAGAGUUGUCAUAGCUCUCAGUUUUAGGGGAGGUUUUUGUCACAUUAGAUUUCUAGGCUUCCCGGUAUUCUUGGGAUGGCUUGGACUUGUUUGAAGUUUUGCUCUUUUCAACUUCAUCUGAGAGCAUACUUUCUGCAGAACUCACCAACAUCGGAUUUUCCUGCCAUAUCGAUCUAAAGAAGGAAAUAAUACUUUAGGAAACGCGUGUUUUGGGAACCACAGAAUGACUGGGUACACUGUGUUCCUGUGACUGGAGGCAUACCUGCACCUUUACAUAAUAAGGGAAAACAGUGCCUCUGUAGCAAACUGAUUGCACUGCAAUCCCAGUGGUUUCCUGAGUUGUAGAAGACUGCGGUAGUAAAUUGUGGACAGUCAAUGCUUACACCAAGAAACUUCAAGAAAUACAAGAAGUACCACAAAUGUAUAUUUAAAUUAAAGACUAUCUAGAGCUCCUGUUCAAGUCAGCGUAGGUGUAUAAAUCAGCCUAAAUUUCCAUCCUGGGCCUUAAAUCCAGAGAAAUUAAGAAGUUAUGGCAUCUACAGACCUGUGGAUUCAUGGGUAGGGAGAGACUGCAAGCAUGCAUUUCUUAGUCAACUGCACAGGAAGUAUGAAAGUCUAGCGUCUCCUUGCAGCCUGCAAAAUGUUCUUAGGAAGGUCAAACAGGACAAGGCAACUACAGUAGUAGGACUACUAGUGUGGCAACACAGAAUGUUUACACAUUUUUUGAAUUAUUUUGCCUCUUCAACAUUUUGACACACACGAUAUUUUUCCUAGAAAUUCUUGCAUAUGCCAUGAGAGACUUUCUGGAAACAAUUGGUGGACAAUAUUGAAAUUGCUAUUUUUGUUACUCUUCCUUCUUGUUCUGGGUUGAUUAACAAUGAGAAUAUAGUUUGUAACUACAGUAGUAUUUUUUUCUCUUGCAGUUAUUAGAGUUUUAUUGCAGCUUAGGUGUCUUUCCAAGGGGACCUAACAAUGAUUUGUGCCUCAGCACUGUAAUUCUAAGCUCAGUCCCUUCUAGUGCAAGUGAUUAUGUCAAUGGACUGCCUGAAGAAUUCUUGUCUCUGAAUAGUCCAACUGGAUUUGGCAGUGGGCUUAUUGUGUCCUCAUUUACGCACACAUGCUUUCUUUGAUGGUUCUUAUUUUAAUUCUUGAACAUCUGUGUCACUACUUUUUAAGUCAGUGCUUUGAUUUCCCUUUGUGUAUUUUCCACCAGAAAUAGAAAAGGUGGAAAGUUUGAUUGAAUUUCUCUCAAGCAGAUUUUUCUUUAAAAUUUUCAGUAGGAGUGAGUCAGGUUCUUCAACUAACAAUUUUCAACACAUUGCCAUUUAAAGCCAGAGCUUAAUCUCCCGGUUUUUCCAGCUUCUGCCAGGGUUGAAGAUCGAGUAUUACAGAGGUGCUAAAGAAAAGCUACUCAGAAAACAAAUAUAGAUAUGCUUAUGUUUUAGCUAGAUUAGAAAUAGUAAAAUGUUUUGAAGUCUGGAUUGAUACAGGUGCAUAAACGUAUGGGGAAAGCAUUUUUCAUCUGCACAGUCCUGUCAAUGUAGGAGCAGAGCAGAAAUCUGUUAGGUAUUGGGGCUGAGGUUCUCCUGGAGCGUGCAGGGAAGCCAUAGUGCAUGGUACUUCUGUGGCUUUACGUGACUGCUUAUACUUAAACAUUUCUGGGCUGUUGACCUGAGAGCACAGAAAAAGGAAUUUACUGCCAACAGUUUUCAUCUUCUGCAUCCUCUUUAUGUGUCCAAUAGCCCAGAAUGCUUUACCCAUUUUGUUUGUUUUAUGUUGCCUUUCAUCUGACAGUUGUGUUAUAAGGAAAAGUAGUAUAUUGCUAACCAUAUAUUGAGUCUUUUUGCAUGUCCAUGAAUGUGGCAAAGUUUAGUGGGAACUAGUUGCCUGCUGGACUGUAGAGGCAUCGUUAAACUGUCUUCCCCAUUCUGACUGGUUGCUGCAUGUACCCAUAUCUAAGGAAGAAAAAUUGAAAAGUUGAAAGAAGAAAGGACAUUU